GUGUGCAGCGGAGCGCUGCGGCUUCACUUUGUCUGCUAAACUUUCAGACUUUUCUGUCUAUUUCUGUCUGACAUGAAGAGCGCGUGAAGCUCGGGACUGAGCGCGAGACCCUCAGGACGACCACCAGCGCCAGGGCGUCUUCACUGGUUCAGAACCAACUGGAGGCGGAGUCAGAGCAACAGGGCUGCAAAGUGGGCGGGACGUCCAAUAAGCAGAGAUGCUGCUUACUUCCUGCUCCGCCCCCUGCAGCUACACCUUGCUCUGGUCCCUCCUGAUGAUCCUCACAGCUCCUCUAGCUGCUCAAGGGGGCGACCAGACGGAACCUUGUGCAGGUCUGGACUGCUCCAGCUGUCAGUGUUUACCGGCCAAAGGAUCAAGGGGUUCUCCAGGUCUUCUAGGGCAGCAGGGUCCACAAGGGCCUAUGGGCUUUCCAGGACCUCAGGGGCCUCCAGGAGAGAAAGGCCACAGGGGGGAUGAGGGACCAAGAGGAUCUGCAGGACCGAAGGGAGACUUGGGGAGUGUCGGCGUUCCUGGGUUUCCUGGUGCAGACGGACUCCCGGGUCAUCCUGGUGCUGCUGGAGGUCCUGGUUUUCCAGGUCUGGAUGGAUGUAAUGGAACCAGAGGAGAGAGAGGACAGCCUGGACUUCCUGGAGAGCCAGGGCCCCAGGGAGUACCGGGUUUCACAGGAUUGAAGGGAUUUCCAGGAGAUGUAGCAGUAUACUACAUAGAGUACCCUGGAGUACCUGGAGACGUUGGCCCUGCUGGAUUACCUGGUCUGCAGGGCGAUGCAGGCCUCCGUGGUCAGCAAGGACCUUCAGGCCUGACAGGACUGGACGGAACAAACGGUGUACCUGGUCUGCCUGGUUUCAGGGGUCCACCGGGAGAAAAAGGACGAUCGCUGCCAGGACAGAAAGGAGAUGAGGGCGACCAGGGCCCUCAGGGGCCUCCCGGGCCCUUCGAGUAUGUUGAGCGUCCUGAGGACUAUUACAUCAAAGGACAGAAGGGAGCUCAAGGCCCUAAAGGAGUCUGUGGAAGACCUGGACUGCCGGGCUUGGACUCUCUCCCAGGAAUCAAAGGGGAGAAGGGGAUCGUGGGAUUUCCUGGACCCCGGGGACUGUAUGGUAUACCUGGAGCAAUCGGAACCAGAGGAAUCAAGGGGAUUAAAGGCAGUCCAGGUCUGCCAGGUCUGAUCGGCCAAGAGGGACAAAAGGGCAGGAUGGGAAAUCCAGGUCCUAAAGGCCUCCCUACGGAAGUCAACAUCCUGAACAAAGGUGAGGAUGGAGACCCUGGAGUUGUAGGACCGAGGGGCCCUCCAGGAGACAUGGGGUUUAUGGGCAUGCACGGGCCCCAAGGAGCACCUGGCAGGUCCAUGUCUGGACCAGAAGGUCCUCCAGGUCCAGGUGGUGCCCCAGGAUCCAAAGGGGACAGAGGAAAUCCUGGUGAGGUGUUUAUAGAUGUAUCCAAACCUGGAGAACCUGGAAAACCAGGACGCCCCGGGCCCCAAGGAUUGAAAGGAGAACCGGGUAUCCCAGGUACUUACUGUGUUCCGGGGGUCCCUGGAGAGCCUGGGCGGACUGGAAACCCAGGGCCUCCUGGAGCUCAAGGCUUUGCAGGUUUCAAGGGUAAGCAAGGCGAUUGCUCCUGCGGCCCUGACAUGAUCAUCAGGGGUCCCCCAGGUCCUGCAGGUGAAAGAGGGUUACCGGGUUCCACAGGUUCCCCUGGGUCGAUUGGGUUUAGAGGGGAGAAAGGUUUACCUGGAGACAUGGGAGAGGGCGGCAAACAGGGUCUAGGUGGAUUUCCAGGUGUAAAAGGGUUCAAAGGACAGAGGGGCGAUUUCACAGAAGUGGACAUGCCAGGUGAGAAAGGAAACAGGGGUCCCCUAGGCCCUCCAGGAAGACAAGGAUCCCCUGGAAGAAGAGGACUUGAUGGGCUCCCCGGGGCCCCUGGAAACCCUGGCUCUCCAGGUCAAAGUUUCUCCAGCUUCCCUGGAGACAGAGGCUACCCAGGAUACCCAGGGCCCAAGGGGUUACCAGGACCCUCAGGCUCUGUGGGGUCAAGUGUUGUUGGGGCAAUAGGACAGCGAGGGGCCCCUGGAAACAUGGGACCCCCUGGACCUCCUGGUUUUCCAGGACUAAAAGGAGUGAAAGGUGACACUCUGCCCUGUGUGCCAAAAAUUCCAGGACCUCCAGGAGAAAGGGGAGAGAAGGGAAAUAGAGGUUUCCCAGGACCAGCAGGGCCUCCAGGUUUCCCAGGCCUCACUGGACCUGAUGGAACCAAAGGAGACACCGGACAGUCUGGACUUAUUGGACCACCUGGACGACAAGGACCUCCAGGUUUUGUCGGAGAUACUGGAGAUGAAGGACCUGAAGGUUUCAGUUAUAGUGGAGAUCCAGGCUCUCCUGGACUCUCUGGCUCCCUUGGACUCCGUGGCCUUGCAGGAGACUCCAGUGUGGGGCCAUCAGGACCUAUCGGCUUUCCAGGCCCACGGGGAUCCCCUGGGCCUAAAGGUGUACCAGGUCCUCCAGGGGCUGAUGGAGUACAAGGAGCCAUUGGACUGUCUGGAGGCCCUGGAGCAAAAGGCCAAAGAGGACAGGAUGGGCCCCCAGGUUUCCCUGGUUUCCCAGGACGUCCUGCUGAUGGCUGUGAUUCAGGAAAACCUGGGUUCACUGGUCCUCCUGGCCCCCAGGGAAACAUUGGACCACCAGGGUUUUUGGGGGAGAAAGGUGACACUGGAGAUGAUGGUCUUCCAGGUGUUGGUCCCAAAGGCGCUGUGGGGAAACCAGGCUCUCCAGGUUUUCCUGGAUAUCCAGGGCCCCAGGGGCCGCCAGGACCCAAUGGGGAUCCAGGCCUGCCAGGUCUGGCGGGUCAGAAAGGUCUGUUUGGGCCUCAGGGCCCAGAGGGACUGCCAGGGUCCCCAGGACAGCCUGGGGUCCCUGGAGCCAAGGGGAGGAAGGGGGAUAGAGGGCCUGAUGGUCAAGAUGGGACUCCAGGAUGCGAAGGCCAGAAAGGAGAGAAAGGUUGUAAAGGAGUCUCAGGGCCUCCAGGAGACACCAACUAUGUCCCCAUUCCAGGACCACCAGGACCACCAGGGCCACCAGGCAUCAAAGGCUUCCCUGGACCUCGAGGAAAUAAAGGUGCACAAGGAACCACUGGGAGGCCUGGGUAUCCUGGUAUCAAUGGACCACCUGGUAUCACCGGUCUUUCAGGCCCCCCUGGACCCUACGGCAUUCCAGGACCUCCAGGACAACCUGGACCUCCAGGAAGUCCAGGUCUCAUCGGCUUUCCAGGAGAGACCGGAGAUUCAGGUGACUCAGGAUGCCCAGGGAAACCUGGAGAGCCAGGUAGCCAAGGAUGUACUGGACCCAAAGGUGAUGAUGGAGACUCUAUCGGAGUUCCUGGUCCACCUGGAGACAAGGGGCCUCCUGGAGACUUUGGCCGUUCAGGAGCUCCUGGACCUCGAGGAGAUACUGGAGGUCCAGGUUUCAUUGGGAGUCCAGGACAGAGAGGAUGCAAAGGUGAUCAAGGCGGUCAGGGUGCCCGUGGACAACAAGGUGUGGUCGGUCCACCAGGUUCCAGAGGUCGCCCAGGUCUUCCAGGUCUUCCUGGUAAAGCAGGCGUUGAUGGUCCUCCAGGUCCAUUGGGCAGCCAGGGACUCCCAGGUCCUCCAGGUCCGCUGGGUCUUCAUGGACUGGACGGACUGAAAGGUGUUAAGGGGGACAUGGGGACAAGAGGGCUGAGUGUUCAAGGUUCUCCAGGUGCCAAAGGUCUUCCAGGGGAUAAAGGACCUACAGGUCCUCCAGGUCCUCCAGGCACAUCUAGCCCCGGCCCACAGGGACCCAAAGGCCUCCCAGGACCCAAAGGACCUCCAGGUCUGUUAGGAUUUGCAGGCACUCCAGGAGCGGAUUGUAAAGUUCCAGUCCCCGGGCCCCGGGGAGAUCCUGGAUUCUCUGGACAAGAUGGUGAACCAGGUCCACUUGGGGACAUGGGGGCUCCAGGUCAGAACUCUCCGGUUCCUGGAGAUGAUGGGGACAAUGGGGACAAUGGAUGCACAGGGCCUCAGGGUCCUCCAGGAUCUAUAGGUCCUACUGGAUUGCCAGGCAGCCCUGGAGUUCCUGGACUUAAAGGUCAACGGGGAUCUCCAGGUCUGAUGGGACUGCUUGGUAAUCGGGGUUCCAAAGGUUAUCCUGGUUCCAAUGGACCCCCAGGACCAAAGGGAUUUCCAGGACCGGUUGGUCCAAAAGGUGAAAAAGGACGAGUCUCCAGCUGUCCCCCUUACCCCCCAGCUCCGCCAGGACCCCCAGGACCCACUGGUCCCCCUGGUCCACCUGGAGAUCCUGGCAUUGAGGGAGAAAUUGGAUUGCCGGGACCCAAAGGUAAAAAAGGGGACUUUGGGUCUGAGGGACCAGUAGGCGAAGUGGGCCCCCCUGGUUUAGGAGGAAAUCAAGGAGGGCCGGGCCUGCCAGGGGAGAGUGGACUUACAGGAGACAAAGGUGACCGUGGUCCAGUCGGUGAUCAGGGUCCACGUGGUCCAUAUAAGAAGCUAAACUCUGGCUUCCUGUUGGUGAUGCACAGCCAAUCAACGACUAUCCCAGUCUGCCCUUACAACAUGAGGGUGCUUUGGGUGGGCUACAGUCUGCUGUACCUGGAGGGUCAGGAGAAGGCUCACACUCAGGACCUGGGUCAGGCAGGCUCCUGUAUGAAGGUGUUCUCCACCAUGCCAUUCUCUUCCUGUAACAUGGGAACCUGCUCCUACGCCAGCCGUAAUGAUAAGUCCUAUUGGCUGUCUACCACGGCGGCUGUGUCCAGUAUACCGGUGGUCGGAGCCUCCAUAGAGGAUCAUAUCAGCCGCUGUGUAGUUUGUGAAGCCCCCUCCUCAGCUGUUGCAUUGCACAGCCAGACCUCAAGCCAACCGAACUGCCCCCCAAACUGGAGGAGCCUUUGGACUGGAUACUCUUUUGUCAUGCAUACAGGGGCAGGCGACGAGGGCGGCGGCCAGUCUCUGACAUCAUCAGGUAGCUGUCUGACAGACUUCAGGGCCCAGCCCUUUGUGGAGUGUCAGGGGCCUCGCGGAACCUGCCACUACUUCGCCAACAUCUACAGCUUCUGGCUGACCCGAGUGGACUCAUCCAGCGCCACCUCCAACAGCUCCUCCACCACGCUGACCCAGGGCUGGCAGCAGAGGGAGAACAUCGGGAGGUGCAACGUCUGCAUGAGGGAGUGAGGAGGAGUAGCACCUCCCCUUCCUGCAGAAUCUGAAAGGACGGACUAGACGAGGAACAUUUGUUUUUCUCUGUGAGGAGAGAGGGUCACGUCAGAGCGAUGCUGCCAAUCAAUCAGUUAGACAGAUGCAGAACAACAGGAGAACCUUCAGCCAUGUUUAGAUGAAAAUAACCCAUUGAAGAUGGAACUAUCUUUCAUUUUCUAAAAUGUUCCGCAAAGAUCCAUGAAACUACCAAAAAAAGCUGUAGGAUGCAUGCCAGGCCAGUAGGUGGCGGUGUGCCUUUGAAACAAAACAACAUGUACAUGCUCACAUCCUCUUCUAUCUACAGAGCAGUGAGGUGUAAACAUACAAAAAUGGCUAACACAGGAAUGUUUGUGUGGACGUCCGAUGAGGCGGGGUUUUUACUCUGACGUAGUCUAAAGAGGGUAAGCUUGAGAAAAAAGUCGACCAGGAGUGAGCGGCUCAAACAGAACUCAGGAAGCCGCCAUUGUUGUUGUAGUCCUUCUACUCACGCUGGAACUGUAAUGAGCAUGUGCAUUAAGUCUCAGAUUCAAAAUGGAAUUCUUGGAAGUUUGCACUCUGUAUCUCAUUUUCAACACUUUUUAAAAGCAUUUUCAAGCACAUAAACAAAAGUGAGCAAGGUUAUGAUUUCAGUCUGUUUUGUCUUUUCAGCAAA